UAGUCUUAGAGCGCCUCGCCCUUCUCCAAUAUUACCUACUUCUGCCACGCCAUCGAGGAGAUCGCACUCGGGCGCGUGGAGUUAAUGGGCCUAGUACUGGCCCACUGACGUUGGUUCAGCACGUGUGAAAACUGGACAGGUCGGAGAUUUAUCGUUGAAACCGCCCAGUGCCCACGCACGUCAGGCGUUAGGAUUGCACCGUUAAUCGCUUACAUAUCUCCGUGCUUGCUCCACAGCGCGAGCGUGUUUCCUCUUCUACAUUCCACGAGCAUCUUCUCGAUUCAACCACCUCCAGAAGACUCAAAACGAUCAGCCCCGCUUGGGAUACAUCGAUGUCUCAUUGACUCAGGUCUUGGGAACGACUCAGAUCGAACAGUGGCCGGCAACAAUAUCGCACUCUCACUUGAAGGAGGAAUUAUACUCCAGUGGUUCGAGUCAUCUCUACCCCUCAAACUGAGAAGAAGGAGCCAUUGUGAAGUGGCUGUGAAUACACCGUCACGAUGUCAGACGGCGUGGUAUACCACGGGUAUGAGCCGGGUCAAGUUGUCUCUGUCAAGUACACCCCAGGCAUCAUCGUUGCUUCGUGGUUUGUCAGUCUUGUCGGUGCAGUAACGACAGUCGAACUGCUGCAUCGGCGUAAGUCAAGAAAAGGAUGGGGUAGUUGGUUACAAUUGGGAGCAAUAUCUGUCUCCUUCGGCCUUGUUGCGAUUUGGUGUAUGCACUUCGUCGGAAACCGGGCCAUAGUUCUUGGGGACGGCAACAUCGACAUUCAGCUGCAUUACAACCCUGGCUUCUCAGCCCUGUCCGCCUUCUUACCUAUCUUAUUUCUGUUUCUCGGCUUUAAGACAGUGGAACUGAGGCAGCCGGGUGAACGGCUCUUCUGGCCCUGCCUCGUCAUCGCCGGCUUCGUCGCGGGCUUGUCGAUCAUGGGGAUGCAUUACAUUGGCAAUUUUGGGAUCAACAAUUACACGCUCCGCAACCCCCCCCACUUCAUCAUAGCGGCCGAUCUAAUCGCUUGCUUCUCGUGCAUAUUGGCUUUGAGUCUGUUCUUCUAUUUCAGAGAACGUUGGAUCAAUAGCAUCUCGAGACGUCUGCUUUGCGCUUGCAUCCUUGCAUGCGCUGUAUCAGGCAUGCAUUGGGUGGCAACGAUCGGCACGACGUAUAGGUUCAGUCAAGUGCAAGAGAUGGAAAAAAUUGAUCGAAAUAUACACUUGAUAAUCGCUCUUGUGAUGAGUUUCCUAGCAAUCUGUGCAUGUGUUGGAGUCACUGUCGUCCAACACAUCCGCAAAAUGGAGAUUGCCGACCGCGCACAGCAUGUCCUCCUCGCGUCUGCAACAUUUGACCCUGACGGUCGACUUCUGGUGACUCAAGACGGACUGCUCCCUUGCCGGAAGGUUACCAAAUCUUAUAAUCAACAGUCCUUCGACGAUGAUUUCAACACUGCCCACCCUGUGUUCCAAUGGCUCUUCCGUGUCACUCACAAUUGGAGUAGUGUGACGGAGCUGGUCCCAGCAAUGCGGAGUCAUUUGAAACGCGAAAGUGUCAAAGAAACCUCGAUCGACAAGAGCCGUGUCCCUCAGUCCGGGUGGGGCGAGCUUGAAGGCACUGACGAGUAUUCGCUCAUUUUCCGGGAGUAUUUCUGUGUUGCCGCGUCCGAUCUUGCCGCAUCGAUGGACGCCCCGCUACCCAAUAUCGGCGCACUUUACCACAAGAUCCUAAUGACUGGCACUGUCUCGCCGGAAUUCCGACUCAAAACCCCGCGAAACCCCGAUGUCGAGUCUGGGAGAUCCACUCCAAACAUGUUCGGUCGCGGCCAGCUCCUAUUUCUCGUCCGAUCAGUUGAUCGUGGGGGGGCUAAUCGAUUGAUUGGGAACGGGUAUCGCUUUGCCAUGCCCAACCAGGUCGGCGACAUCAUUGGAAAGAGCAUGCAGAUUCCCACUCCAGAACUUAUUUCGACGGUGCUUAGUUUGCGCCAGUAUGCUCGAAACAAACUUGAAGCCCCUCAGGGGGGGACUUUCCUCGCCAGUUUCACCCUUCGUGCUCCAUUGAAGGGCAACUGGGAGGUCCUUGUCUCCUCCCAAGGUCCUGAUGUUGGCCAACUCCCGAAAGUACGACUUUCUUCUACUCCGCUUGAGUCGUGGCAGCUAAAUUUCCUGGGGGAAAUGGAGGGCUGCUCUUUGAACCAGUGCGUCCGAUAUCUAACAAAGCUCUCCGAUUCCUCCAAUGCCGUCGAAGCCGAAUUUGCGGACGUUGUCGUCGACGCUAUCCGAGAGUUGACCGAGAUGGUUCCCGAGCCUUUCUUCGGACAAUCCAUCUUUUCGUCUAAGCCAGUGAACCUGAAUUCGGCACGAGGCAGUCCAAACCAGGCACCCACUUCACUACUACCUUUCUGUAUUAUCCCCGAUGUACACCACGCCCUCAUCAAAUCUGCCGAUCGGGUCACAUAUGUUCCCCUGAGCUUCUUCCGUUGCAGCCAGCGCGUGUACAACAACUCGCCAGAUCACGCCCAUCUCGAACAGAAGAUCCAUCGCGAGUUCGCUGGUAUCCUCUCUACGAAGGAUCUCAUCUCCGCCUCAGACUCUUUGCCAUCCUCGAGUGUCAAGUCCUCCACCCACAAAAUCCGCAAGAAGUGGCAAUUUUCCGAAGGCACCACGCCGCGGAACAGUAUCGGGGUGAACCUCGAGUCUUCCUCGGAGAACGACCUAGUUGGUAGCGAUAAUCGCCAAGGCAGCAUGGACAUGUCUGCCUAUCCCUUCGGUGGCAUCAUGGUGAGCUCCGACGUGGUCAUGGAGAUGGCAGAUACCAAGGGUGACAACCAUAUUGAGUUGCAGGAUCUUGGCAUAACUUCCCAAGCUGGCACUGCAGAUGCCGAGCAAGCGACGUACGUCGAUGAAUUGUUCCGCCUAACAAGCAUGAGAUGGCAGCGGUCGUAAUCUUGGGUUUGACACCCCCCCCCUUUUCUACCUUAUCCAUAAUACACCUCUUUUGAUAUACCUGGGAACUUUGGAGUUCAUAUGGCUUGUUGAUUUAUUACUCCUGUGCUCGAAGGGUCGAGUUUGGGACGCACCAAUAUCUUGCAGGAAUUUUAGCUGGUACACGGGACUCUUUUGCGUGAGGGAGCGUCUGGUCGGUGUUCCGGGCUAGAAGGGAAUCACUCGCGUAUUCACGGCUGCUAUUUCGUUGGUAUGGCUCAUCGCGGCUCACAGUGCCUGAUGAUUCUUUCGUUAAUAUCCCUGUAAUUGGAUAUCUGAUGAGAGAAUCUGGUCUGGAUUUUAGGAUUUCCUUGUUCAGAUCCCUAGGCAAAAUCACCUAGAGGCGUAUGGUUUGCGUCCUCCGGAGUAGUGCCCGUUGGCAUUCUU